AUGAGGGUAGUCAACAAAGUUAGUGAACUGAUUUCGGCGACGGGAGUUUGGAAUGAUGCUCUGAUCAGAAGGUUGUUUGGUAGGGAGGAAGCAGAGAUCAUACUAACAAUUCCCCUCAGCCGUAGGACGAUGCCUGACAGAUUGGUGUGGAAGUUGGAAAAAAACGGUGAGUUUUUCGUUAAAACUGCUUAUCGUUUUUCGUUUUCUCAUUCUUCUAGUCGUAUUCCAUUUACUCUUAGUGUGAAUGAGAGCUUUUGGAAGAGAGUUUGGAAGGUGUUGAUUCCAAAUGCAGCAAAGGUUUUUGCUUGGAGGGUGUGUCAUGAUAUUCUGCCUUCACUGGAAAGAUUAGCUAUGAGGCAUGUUCAGGUGGAUUCUCAAGGAUGUGUUUUGUGUGAGGGUAGUAGCGAGUCAACUCUACAUCUUUGUAGAGACUGCCCGUUUACAAGACAAGUGUUACAAGGCCAUGUGAUGCUACAGCGGACCUGUUUUGCUCCCCAAGUUGAGGAGUGUGAUUUGUUGACAUGGUUUAAUUACUGUGUGAAGUCCUUGUCUCUUACAGAUUUGGGUACAUUGAUAUUCUUAUUAUGGAGUAUUUGGAAAGAAAGAAAUUCACGGGUUUGGGAAGGAAAGAAAGCUUUGGCUUGUGAUGUUAUGCUUAGAGCUGCUGCUCGUCUGCAAUAA